AGACACUAGUUUUUAAGGUUAAGUCUAGUUCAAUUGAUGUAAAUACAAAAACACAAAUCUAAAUUUCUUCCCAUUCGUGUUUAAACUUUUGUGUGUUCUAGGCCGGAAAAAUGACGAAAGUCAAGUGCUCAGAAUUGCGCCUUAAGGAUAAGGAUUCCUUGUUAAAACAGCUCGAAGAGCUAAAACAGGAAUUGGCCAACUUGAGGGUUUCUAAAGUCACCGGUGGUACAGCAUCAAAACUUUCCCGGAUCCGUGUUGUGCGUAAAGCUAUUCUACGAUGCUAUGUUGUUAUUCAUCAGAAACAAAAGGAAGCAUUAAGAAAAAUUUUCAAGAACCGUAAAUACAAGCCUUUAGAUUUGAGGCCAAAACUUACCAGAGCUAAGAGGCGUGCUUUAAGUAAGAAGGAACGCAGCAUUAAAACUCUGAAAGAAAUUAAAAAGAAGAAUAAGUUCCCCCCAAGGAUGUACGCUGUAAAAGCUUAAUUUCUGUUAAUUUUCUGACUAAUAAAAUACGGUUUGAUAAUUUGACAA